AGUGAACCGCGGUGACAGCAGCUCAGCCGUGGACUGGCCGACGAGAGAAUACUGACUGGUUCUGGGGAAUCUCGGCCCAGGGAGAAGAGAAAGGCAAGCCAGCAGCUAGUUUGCAGCUAGGAGAGAUUGGGUUCACCGACCGUGUCCGCUGGAAUCACGAAUCCCAGGGACAGACAGUCACUAUGGCCGCCUUGGACCAGAUGGAUUUCCUGAUGCAUCAGGCCGACCCUGCGACGAGUGCGGCGCCAGGCUCAGGCUUCCACGGGCUACCGCAGCACCAAGGAUGCCCGUACUUCCGUAACCAGCAACAUCUCAACGGGUCGAGCCUUCCUCCUCCGCACUUUGACCCAAAUUUUCACCCCAUGCCGCACCAGCUGCCACACCUCUCACAGCUGUCACACAGCACAGGGCAUCCUUCCUCCGCCCAGAGUCGGCCAUUUAACUCGCCUGCGGAUGAAAACCGGGGAAGUCGCUCGCAGCAGCAAGAGCAACAGCACGAGCAGCAGCAGCAGCAGCAGCAGCAGCAACCUCAGGCCCAGCACCAGCCACAGCUCCAGUCCCAAUCACGCUCUCAACCACAGCAAUCGCAGCAACCUCAACAACCACAGCAGCAGCAGCAGCAGCAGCAGCAACUCCCUCCUCUCCAACCACCAACUCUUCCGUAUCCGCAGCCCUAUUCACACCCGCAUCACUCUCACUCCCAAUCUCACCCCCCUUACGAUCCGGUGCACGCCGCCAGCGCCGCAUGGUUCCAGGGUUCGAGUCAAGGCAGCACUUGGUCCGCUCCUCCUUUCCACGCCCAUCACGCGCCGGCCACCCAACCGCCACAUCUCAGGCCACCGGCCGCUGAGGCGCACUUUGGCGGUCCCGGAAGCGGGUCAGGCAUUGUGCAACAAGGCCCCGUCGGUCCAAGCCAGCAAUUUCUCCCACACCACGAUCCCUACUCGCCCUUUAGUUUUCCCGGAUUCCACCGUCCCGUGACCUACCCGCGCUCAUCGAUGGUCCUGCCGACUCCUCCGCAGCUCUCCGGCCACCAACAACACCAGCAAUACCCGCAGCACCAGCAGCAGCCAACCAGACAACAGCAUCACAUGGACGAGACCCAGCCAAACCAGCCGGGCCAGCCGGGCCAGCCGGGCCAGGCCACAAACACUCACUCCCCGCAAGCUGCCAUGAGUAGCGACCGAGGCGCCCCUACGCCGGGUCGGAGCGCAUUUGCGCUACCCUCCCUCAGCCCCAGCUCACAUCAGCCUCCGACAGGUUCGCAGCCGCAUCCACAGCCAGCUGCUGCCUCGCGAGAAUCGAGCCCGCAUGCCUCGGCCGCCGCAGCUGCACCAGCUGGCCCAGCCAACCGUACGCCCAUCUUCCGACAUCCGGACGGGCACUUAGACACGUCCAACCGUGGCGGACCUGCGGAAGGCGGCCCCUCGUCGGCGGCUCCCGCGCCCCAGCUGCCGCCGCCUUCAGAUUUCCCGACCACGCAUGCUAAUCAAUCGGAGGGCUUCUUUAGAGCCACGCAGCGGAACUUGCCGCCCGGCCCUGGUCAACCACUCGGUUCUUCGAACAGCGCCGUUCCAGGCUUUUCCAGCCGGCGCCGCCAUAGUCUCGCGCGCCGUCUGCAGCAGUCAGACCACGAUAGUGACGAGGAUCCGGGCUCGUCGGCAGACGAGGAGGAGCAGAUGAUGCGUUACAUAGACGAGUUUGGCGUCAACCCAGCCCACUUCCGCUCUCUGAUGGCCGAGGACCACAUCCGAGCCACCCAAAUCAUCCGCGGCCAGUUGACCAACAAGCGGGUGGCGUCUAGAAGGGCCAUUGCCCAGCUCCAGAGUGUCGAGCUGGACAGCCUGCCCGAGACGGAGCGAACGUGCGUCAUCUGCUACAACGACUUCGGCCAGAAGAGCCCAGAGGGCGUGAUUGAAGCCCCGUUGCGUCUACCCAAGUGCCAACAUGUUUUUGGCGACCACUGCAUCAAGAAAUGGUUUGAAGAAUCUGACAGCUGUCCGUACUGCCGCGACAAGGUUCCAUCGGAACUGCAAGUCGUCCCCGGCGUCCGGGCUUUCCACAACAUCUUCCGCAUGCGCAACCGCAUAUCUGCCGGAGCCGCACCCAAUCCUAACGAUGAUUCUUUUUUCCGCCUCAUCGCGCACCAGGAGUAUCAUGAAACCGCCGUCGGCCGUCUUAGAGCCCAACGGGAGGGGGCGUCGGACACCACGACGUCUACCCCGAGACCCCCUCAACGGAGAUCCCCUCCUUCGGAGGCCGAGAACCGGAGGCGAACACGUGUCCGUCAUAGCAGCUUUCAAUCCGGAUACCCCGUUGGCUUGUAUGCCAGCCCCGCGGCCAAUCGUUCCUCGGCAAGUGCCUCGGCACCGGCGCAGCAGAGCCCGACCCGUGAGCGUUUCCUGCCGGGCACUCAGCGCUACUUCUACGCCCCUAUUAACCCGGCGAACCCCUCCAACGCAACCCUCCAGCACGACCAGCCCAUGCCAAAUACGAACCCGACUUCCUCGGGACUUCGAAUAAGCAGUGCAGCCCCCGUACAUAGUUUCCCAAGCAGUUCUCAGACGUACUACUCCAACAUGUCCUUUGGCAAUGCUCCCCCAGCUACGUUCCCGCAGCAGCUGCCCCCGCUCAGUGCGUCGGGUUUCCAGAACCCCGCGAACAGCGGCACCGGUGUUCCCAGCACCGGUGGUACGGAGAACCAGAUGCAGUAGCAGGGCAACUGGGACACAACACAGCUGCCCCCGGACGCUGGGUUCCAGACGUGUACUUUCGGACCAGACGGGGGUGUGCUUCAUCGGCGAGAAAUCCUGCUCCGUCAGGGGUUGGCUGGACGCCG